AUCCUAGUUUUCUUAGUGUGCCCAAGCUCAACCAUGCAUGGAAAAAGUUACCAUGCAUGCAAUUAAUCUCUCCAAAGUUCAGUCCUAUCUAGGAUCUUAGAGAAGGGGGCCGGUGGAAGAUUGUCACCCAUAAUUCGACACGUUAGAAGUUUUUUUCUGUCACAUUGAACACGGAACUGCAUUGGGUGCGUGGGAGGAAGAAAAGGAGAGAAAUGUUCUUCAUACACACAUGGCGGUUGUCUUGUACCCCAAAUUCGCCAUUCUCCUAUGAGGGCGGCUUAGCGAGCGAGAAUAGAUGCUCCGGAUUUGAUGUGGACCUAAAGCAACGUAUUGCCAAUGAAAGCAGAGACAGUGGGCAUUGGAUUUUAGUCCUUUCUCAUGGAAAAAGAUACAUGCAUACUGGUGCAUGUUUUUUAUUUCCUAGCUACAUAUCGGUGCAUGUUCUUAAACAAGCCCUAAAUAGAGGUAGUCAUGACAAUAUGCCUGAUGAGUGUUGAAGCAGGCAGCAUCCAAUGCCCCUACAGUAGAAGCGAUUGACACAUCCUAUCACGGGUCAGGUCACAACAAUACCCUGCUUGCCAAAACUGAUAAAAAAGAUGAGGAGCUUUUAAAUGUUCGAUCCACUGCACUGCACUACCUAAAGAGCUGGGUAUUCUGUUCACUUGGCUGCACAAUUUGCUCACUGAUCAAACAUGCACAUCUUCCAGAUUGCAAAUAUAAUAUUCUCAGGUCAGCAAAGCAUGCAAAUAAUGUAAGCCAAUGGUUGCUAAGUGCUUUGUCCUAUACCCAAUGCAAAACCGUACCCUAUUAGUCACAACUCAAGCUAGAGCAUGAUCACGUGUUAGGAAAACGAUCGAAACGAGGUCGAUUGGGAACAUCCUUUCAGAUGCCAUUGCAAACAUCAUCAGCACCUCAGCAUGUAGCUAGCAGCACUAUAAAACCAUGACAUAACCAGAACAGACUGCUCAGGUCAUCACACAAAGCCAUCGUCAGAUCAAAGCUAUCUAGCUCAGGAUCGAGAACAGCUAUAGCUAGCUAGCUAGCUAGGGCUAUCUGAAGCUGGUUAGUUGUGCUGCUGCUUGAAUUGAAUCGAGAUGUGGAGUGCAGGAUGCAUGGAACAGUGGGCGCCGACGGCGGCAAUGGUGGCCACCAACGUCGUGAUCGCCGUCAUGAACGCGCUGAUCAAGCAGGCACUGAACCAGGGCAUGAACAGGCUGGUCCUCAUCACUUUCCGGCAGAUGCUGGCCACCCUGUUCCUUGGCCCCAUUGCCUACUUCAAGGAAAGGAAGAUGAGACCAAAGUUCACUACCGAAAUCUUUGUCUACACGUUCCUCAGUGGAAUUCUUGGGCCGGUGCUGCUUCAGUACACAUUGUUUGUCGGAUUGGAUUACACGACAGCAACAUUUGCUGCAACUUUCGGAAAUUUGCUUCCGGUGGUUACUUUUCUGAUAUCACUGGCUUUCAGAUUUGAAGCACUGGAGGUGAGGAGCAGGUCAGGGAGCGCCAAGAUCUCAGGGACACUCAUCUCCCUCGGCGGCGCAAUGAUGCUCACCUUCUACAAGGGUUCAGCACUGACCCACACCACCACAUCGCCGUCGCUGUCAUCCAUGGCUCCAUCCUCCUCCGGCAGCAGCGGCGAGCACGGCACGGUCCGGUGGGUGCUGGGCUCCGUCUCCAUGCUCGCCAACGUGGUCGGCUUCGCGCUGUGGCUGCUCCUGCAGCGGAAGUUCACCCGGAAGUACCCGACCGUGUACUCGGCGACGGCGUUCAUGUCGCUCUUCAGCUUCGUCCAGGCCGGAGCGCUCGCUCUGUCGAUCCAGAGGAGCAGCCUUGCCGUGUGGGCUCUCAGGGGCACCCUAGAGAUCGCCACGGUGGUCUACUGUGGUAUAGUGGCAUCUGGCAUUGGGUACCUUCUGCUCACAUACUGCGUGGAGAAGAGAGGCCCUGUGUUCACUGCUGCCUUCAGCCCGCUCGCGCAGAUCUUCGUCGCCGGCAUCGAUCUCUCCAUUCUCCAUGAACCUCUCUACCUUGGAAGCGUGCUAGGAUCAGUGCUGGUUAUUAUCGGACUCUACCUUGUGCUGUGGGGUAAGAAAGAGGAAGCUGCUGCUGCUGCUGCUUCGGCGAAGCCAGUUCAGGAGACCGAGGUAGAACAGCAAGAGAAAGUGUGAUUCUUUUUAUUACUCAUCACAGUGUGACAGAGCAGAGACCAUACAGUUAGAAGAAGCCUGUGUGAGUGUGACAGAGUGUAUAUGAUCUCCAAGCUCUUACUGCUGCUUGUAUUCUACUAGGUCAUCCAAAUAUAUCUCUUAAUGCUGUAAAUAAAAUUCUCUUAAGGCCCUGUU